CUCUUUCUUAAAUCAUUUUCACAAUGGCACCCGCGUCGAUUUGUUUGUGUUGAAUACGUGACAUCAAAUUUAAUUCAAUUUGUGCAUCUAAACUGCUAAAACUAUUGACUACUCAAAACUCUCACAAUGGGAGUACCAGCCUUCUUUCGUUGGCUCAGCCGAAAAUAUCCAAGCGUCAUUGUAGAAUGUAUUGAACAGAGGCCAGUCGACGUGGAUGGCCAGCAGGUGCCCGUGGAUUCCUCUUUACCGAAUCCAAAUGGGGUAGAAUUUGAUAAUUUAUAUUUGGACAUGAAUGGUAUUAUCCACCCCUGCACGCAUCCUGAGGACAAGCCGGCUCCCAAGGAUGAGGACGAGAUGAUGAUUGCCAUCUUCGAGUGCAUCGACCGCCUGUUCAGGAUCGUGAGGCCGAGGAAACUGCUCUACAUGGCCAUUGAUGGAGUGGCACCGAGGGCAAAGAUGAACCAGCAGCGCUCCCGUCGUUUCCGUGCCUCCAAGGAGACCCAGGAGAAGAUUGACGAGAUUGCCCGCAUCAGGUCCGAGCUGCAGGCCAAGGGUGCCUACCUGCCCCCCGAGAAGCCUAAAGAGGCUCACUUCGACUCCAACUGCAUUACUCCCGGGACUCCGUUCAUGGACCGACUUAGCAAAUGCUUGCAUUACUAUAUUCAUGAUAGACUCAACAAUGACCCUGGCUGGAAGGGUGUGAAGGUGAUCCUAUCGGACGCCAACGUGCCCGGCGAGGGCGAGCACAAGAUCAUGGAUUAUAUCCGCAGGCAGAGAGCGCAACCGGACCACGACCCGAACACGCAGCACGUGCUGUGCGGCGCCGACGCGGACCUCAUCAUGCUGGGGCUGGCGACCCACGAGCCCAACUUCACCAUCAUUAGGGAGGAGUUUAAGCCGAACAAGCCAAGGCCUUGCGAUGUUUGUGGGCAACUGGGCCAUGAGAUGAAGGAAUGCACCGGCACAACCCCUGAAGACAACAUGGCCAAAGACCCCAACAUGGCCUUCGGAAACCAAGACAGCUUUAUCUUCGUUCGCCUGAGCGUCCUCAGAGAAUACCUUGAGAGGGAACUACAGAUGCCCAACUUACCUUUCCCCUAUGACUUCGAGAGGGCGCUGGACGACUGGGUGUUCAUGUGUUUCUUCGUCGGCAAUGACUUCCUGCCGCAUCUGCCCAGUCUGGAGAUCAGGGAGGGAGCCGUGGAUCGAUUGGUCAAUCUGUAUAAGAAGUGCGUUUAUAAGACGCGGGGCUGGCUUACGGACUCUGGUGAUGUGAACCUGGAGCGCGUGCAGGUGAUCAUGUCGGAGCUGGGGCUGGCUGAGGACGAGAUCUUCAAGCGGAGGCAGCAGAACGAGAUCAACUUUAAGAACCGCGAGAAAGCUAAGAAGCGGCGGGAACAGCAGCAGCGGCCCAACUUCAACCUUCUAGAGAGGACGCAGUUCGCCCCCACGCCGAUCGGCCAGGGUCCGCAAACAGUGCAGAACGCCCGGCAAGAAGCCGCCAACAUUCGUCUAGCUGGCAUGAACAGAGACUCGGCGCCGGACAACUCCAACAACCGCAAGCGCUCGGCCGGGGCGGCCGGGCUGGACGAAGAAGAAGAUGAGCAGAAGCACGACGAGGUGCGGCUGUGGGAGGACGGCUUCAAGGAGAGAUACUACGAGAGCAAGUUCGAGGUGUCCCAGGAUAACCUCGAGUUCAGGUACCGAGUGGCCCUGCAGUACGUGCGCGGGCUGUGCUGGGUGCUGCGCUACUACUACCAGGGCUGCGCCAGCUGGAAGUGGUACUUCCCGUACCACUACGCGCCGUUCGCGUCCGACUUUGUGAAUAUUGGCGGUUUAGCUACGGCCUUCGAGACUGGGACUGAGCCUUUCCGUCCGCUGGAGCAGCUGAUGGGCGUGUUCCCGGCCGCCAGCUCCACGCACGUGCCCAAGCCCUGGGCCAAGCUCAUGAGCGAUCCCUUCUCGCCGAUCAUCGACUUCUACCCCACGGACUUCAAGAUCGACCUGAACGGCAAGAAGUUCGCGUGGCAGGGGGUGGCGCUGCUGCCGUUUGUCGAGGAAAAUAGGCUGUUUAAGGCUCUCGAGCCGUAUUAUGGCGAGCUGACUGCUGCUGAGAGACAACGCAACAUCCGCGGCAACGACCGUCUCUACGUCGACCCUUCCAACCCGGCGUACCAGUUCCUACUAGGCCUGUACUCGGGGGCGGGCGGCGAGCUGCGGGGGCGGGCGGGCGGCGAGCAGCAGUACCCGCUGCGGAGCGAGGGCGUGCGCGGGCAGCUCAUGCUGGCCAGCGAGAAUGUACCUGUCAAUGGACAACUCAACUCCCCAGUCGUCGGGCUGCCCCCAGUGCUCGGCAACCAAGUUGUCUGCGUGCGCUUCGUGGAUCCCGAGUACCCUGAGGACUUCAUCUUCCCGGCGCGGCGGCUGCCCGGGGCUACGGAGCCACUGCGAGUGUUGAAGCCAGGGGAUCUGAGCCAGCAGGGGAACAGGAACUGGAGGCCGCAGAUUGGCAUGGUUCCCUCCAACACGCUGGCGUCUCUAGAAGCGGCUGGACAUCGCAUGCUGGGCCACCAUCUGCCUCGCGACCGCUCCUACUCGCACGUGCCGCCGCCGCAGCAGCACCAGAACCAACAUAAUCGCGAUCGGUCUCAAAGCUACGGACCCCAGCGAAGCGGGUACGUCCCCUACCAGAACCAGAGGCAUCAAGGUGACCAGGGCUACAACCAAGGCAACCAAGGAUACAACCAAGGCAACCAAGGAUACAACCAAGGCCGCCAAGGCUACAACCAGGGAGGUCAAAGCUAUAACCAAGGGGGUCACGGCUAUAAUCAAGGAGGUCAAAGUUAUAACCGAGGUGGCCAAGACAACAGAGGUAGCCAAGACAACAGAGGGUCAAGGCAUAACCAGGGAGGCUUCAGACACCAGUCUCCUAACGACAGGAACCAAGGAUACAGGAAUAACCAAGGAUACAGCAGCAACGGUAGCCACGGGUAUAGCAGUCAGGGUGGCAGCAGGUGGCGUUGAUAUGUUUGUAAAUAGAAUGGCAGAUGAAGAAAUUUGUGUAAAUUUUGAAGCAAGAAUGUUUUGCAGCAAGAAUGGAAUGAGAGAAGUAUGCAAUUACAUGAACGUGACAAUGAUUUAAUGACGAUUCGUCUGUGGCAGUUCUAAGAUGAUCAAAUAUGGUAGGAUAAAUAAUUUUUAGAUAAUUAUAAUUGGAACGUCUUGUACCUGGUUGGCAAACAAUUGACGGUAUUCUCACGUUUGAUAACAUGAUGCUUUGUAAAAACGUAGAUCCUUCUGUCUGGUGAGUAAAGUUGAUUUUCCCUUGAAAACCAACAAAUGACAAAGAAAAUGUAUGGAUUUGUCAGCUGUCAUGGGAUUUAUACUAUAUUUUAAAAA